GGGAAGAUUUGAUUUUCCCGCAGCCCCGGCUUCCCGGAGCCGGAGCUCGAGUCUAGGAGCUGACGCUCGCAGCAGCGUCCCCAGCCCCGCCACCGCCCGCGCUGAGACCCAGCGAGAGGCGGCGCAGCCUGGGCGCUCCAGGCUCCAAGCCGGGCCACCUCCGCCGCCCGCGCCCCAUCCGGCGUCUCCAGCCCCACGCCCCUCGCCGGGUCUCCUACACGCCUUCUCGCCGCCGCGCGCGCCCCUCUUCCCGCUCCCUUCUCCACAGCUCCGCGUGCCUCUCCUGCUGCCCUCUCCCUGCGCCCCUCUCUGCGGGGAGCCCUAGCGCCCCCAGCACCCUACCCCUAUCAGCUGGGCCACCAACCUCCUCGGCUCGCCGCCCUCACCCCCUCCCAUCUCGGCGGCCCCCGCUCCCUCCGCCCCCUUCCCUCUCUCACUUCCCACGCCCCCUCUCCGCGCUCUCCUCUCCCAUUACUGCCCGGCCCCGGCUCCGGAGUUGGGGGGAGGAGCCCCGGGGCUCUAGUCGUUCUGGAGGAGGCGCGAACAGCGCGAGGUUGACUAAUUUGGGGUGGGGGGCGCGGUGGGCGAUGGAGCAGGCGGAGGACAUGGCGUCGCUGAGCGAGUUCGACUCCUUGGCGGGGAGCAUCCCGGCCACCAAGGUGGAGAUCACCGUGUCCUGCAGGAACCUCCUGGACAAAGACAUGUUUUCCAAGUCUGACCCACUAUGUGUCAUGUAUACUCAAGGAAUGGAGAACAAGCAGUGGAGGGAGUUCGGACGCACCGAAGUCAUCGACAACACUCUCAAUCCUGACUUUGUACGCAAGUUCAUCGUGGAUUACUUCUUCGAGGAGAAGCAGAAUCUCCGAUUUGACCUAUACGACGUUGACUCCAAGAGCCCCGACCUGUCCAAGCAUGAUUUCCUGGGCCAAGCCUUCUGCACCCUGGGAGAGAUUGUGGGGUCCUCUGGUAGCCGCCUGGAAAAGCCCCUAACGAUAGGAGCUUUCAGCCUGAACUCCAGGACCGGCAAACCCAUGCCAGCCGUGUCCAACGGUGGCGUUCCAGGGAAGAAGUGUGGCACCAUCAUCCUGUCUGCUGAGGAGCUCAGCAACUGUAGGGAUGUGGCCACAAUGCAGUUCUGUGCCAACAAGCUGGACAAGAAAGAUUUCUUUGGGAAAUCAGACCCUUUCUUGGUGUUUUACAGAAGCAACGAGGAUGGAACGUUCACCAUUUGCCACAAGACCGAGGUCAUGAAGAACACCCUGAACCCGGUCUGGCAGACUUUUUCCAUCCCUGUGAGAGCCCUCUGCAAUGGGGACUAUGAUCGGACCAUCAAGGUGGAGGUGUACGACUGGGAUCGAGAUGGCAGCCACGACUUCAUUGGGGAGUUCACCACCAGCUACCGGGAGCUGGCCCGCGGACAGAGCCAAUUCAACAUCUACGAGGUGGUAAACCCAAAAAAGAAAAUGAAGAAAAAGAAAUAUGUGAAUUCCGGCACAGUCACGCUGCUUUCCUUCGCUGUGGAGUCAGAAUGCACAUUCCUCGACUACAUCAAAGGAGGGACUCAGAUCAACUUCACGGUGGCCAUUGAUUUCACUGCUUCCAAUGGGAACCCCUCACAGUCCACAUCCCUGCACUACAUGAGCCCCUACCAGCUGAACGCCUACGCGCUGGCGCUGACCGCGGUGGGGGAGAUCAUCCAGCACUACGACAGCGACAAGAUGUUCCCUGCCCUCGGCUUCGGAGCCAAGCUGCCCCCUGAUGGCCGGGUGUCCCACGAGUUCCCCCUGAACGGCAACCAAGAAAACCCCUCCUGCUGUGGUAUCGAUGGCAUCCUGGAGGCCUAUCACCGGAGCCUGCGCACCGUGCAGCUCUACGGCCCCACCAACUUCGCCCCCGUGGUCACCCACGUGGCCAGGAACGCGGCGACCGUGCAGGAUGGUUCACAGUACUCAGUGCUGCUCAUCAUCACAGACGGGGUCAUCUCGGACAUGGCGCAGACCAAGGAGGCCAUCGUCAACGCGGCCAAGCUCCCCAUGUCCAUCAUCAUCAUCGGUGUGGGUCAAGCCGAGUUUGACGCCAUGGUGGAGCUGGAUGGUGACGACGUCCGAAUCUCCUCCCGGGGGAAGCUGGCCGAGCGGGACAUCGUGCAGUUCGUGCCCUUCCGGGACUACGUGGACCGCACCGGCAACCACGUGCUGAGCAUGGCACGCCUGGCCCGCGACGUGCUGGCUGAGAUCCCCGACCAGCUGGUGUCCUACAUGAAGGCGCAGGGCAUCCGCCCGCGACCCCCGCCUGGGCCCCCGGCCAGCUCGCCCCCUCAGUCCCCAUCCCGCACGCCCCCUGCCUCCCCGCUGCACACACACAUCUGA